AUGGCUGCCACAACCCAUCCGGAGUUCAACGCAAAUACCGAAGCCUUCCAGGUUGCAGAAGCAUUUCCCCAGGCAAUCCGUGGGAAGACAGUCCUUGUCACUGGCGUGAACCGGAACGGAAUCGGAUUCACAACCUCGCAGGCUUUUGUAAAUGCCAUUCAACUACUAGAUACCACAAUCAUACUAAUUGCCGAACAGGCCUCUCAAUCCCCCACCCACCUCAUCAUCACCGGUCGCAGCCCGGUCAAAAUCCAGGAUUCAAUCAAUGCCCUCAAAGAGAAAUGGCCCGAGGUGACCUAUCAUGGUCUGCAGGUGGACCUAUCCAUCCAAAAGUCCGUCCGAGAUGCAGCCGCCAAAGUCAUGGGCUGGAGCGAUGUGCCCACCAUCGAUAUAAUCGUCAACAGCGCCGGCAUUAUGAGCGGUGAAAAGGAACGAGUCCUGAGCGAGGACGGCGUUGAGAUGCAUUUCGCAACAAACCACAUAGGCCACUGGCUGUUCACAUGCCUGAUCAUGCCAAAGCUGAUCAAAGCCGCCGAAAAGAACCCCGCGGGCGCCACGCGAAUCGUCAAUGUGACAUCCGCCUCGCCACAGGUCUCCGGCAUCCGCUGGAGCGACAUGAACUUUGAGAAGAAGAACAAAGAUCUCCCCAUCGAAGAACAGCCGGAGUACGAGUGGUUUCGGCUGUGGGGAUAUACGAGUCUGAAAGAAAUGACGUAUACUCCUCUCGACGGGUACAAUCGCAGCAAGGUUGCAAAUGUGCUCUCCGGCAUCGCUGCCAACAAGCGCUUGUUCGGUCAACACGGGAUUUUGGCUCUGGCUGUGCAUCCCGGCGUGAUUGCGACAGAGCUGGGUCGGACUCUGCCAGAAGAGACGCUGCAGGAAGUUGGGCAGAUGCUCGAACAAGGCCUUUUCACCUUCAAAACAUUGGGCGCAGGAUCUUCGACCAGCAUGGUUGCCGCAUUGGACCCAAAGCUUGCACAGGGUGUUGGUGAAACCAGGAAUGGGAGCGAGAAUUGGGGGUCGUAUCUUGAUGAUUGCCAGAUCAGUGGUCAAGGUCACUCCCUCGCAGUUUCUAGCAACGAGGCUGAGAAGCUGUGGCAGAUCUCGGAGAGGUUGGUUGGGCAGAGCUUUGCCUGGUGA